CCGUGGUUGUGGUAAACAUUGGACAUUUGGACAACGUCGUAGUCUGUGUUGUGUCCUGUAAAAUGGCACUCCUCCGUGCUACUUCUCGUUCUCUACCCUUCCUGGCUGUCAGGACAACCCAGGUUAUUGCCUCGUCUCAAUACCACGAGAAGGUAAUAGACCACUAUGAAAAUCCCCGCAAUGUGGGUUCCAUGGACAAGAAUGACACUACUGUUGGAACAGGCCUGGUGGGAGCCCCAGCCUGUGGUGAUGUCAUGAAGCUUCAGAUCAAGGUGGAUGUUGAUGGGAUGAUAACUGAAGCCAAAUUCAAAACAUUUGGAUGUGGCUCAGCAAUUGCCUCAUCAUCUCUUGCAACAGAAUGGGUUAAAGGCAAAACAGUGGAUGAAGCUCUGAGGAUCAAAAAUGUUGACAUUGCCAAAGAAUUGAAUUUGCCUCCUGUCAAGCUACACUGUUCUAUGUUAGCCGAGGAUGCCAUCAAAGCUGCCUUGAGUGAUUAUCGCAUUAAACAAUCCUCCAAGGAAAAUUUGAAGAAAGAAAAUUAGAGGAGAUUAUUGAAGGUGAAAUUGAUCUUCUAAAACAAAAUUCUUCAUAUUUUAACAUUGUUAACAUGUUUGUGAAAUUUAUCAUCAAGGUAUUAAUAUUGGUGGUUAUCAUAAUACUUGUUACACCAUUACUUGUCUUACAGUAAGCUAUUUUUGUGGCCCACGUUUUUAUUUUCACUAAAUUCUUUUUCUUAAUUGGUAUAUUAAUUAUUGAUGGUACUGUAGUACUUUACUGUGUAUUUAACUUCAGAUAUUGUUAGCUUUUAAGUUUUGAGUAAGAACAGUGCUGUUAGGCUUUAUUCACCGUUUAAAUAGCCCUACAUGGUUUUUGGCAAAAUGUAGUAUUUGCCAAAUGUUUACUCCAAAGAUGUUUCCUCUUUGAAAGGAUUUUUGUUCUUCUUUAUAGUGCUAUUGAGCAUUGUUUGCAUAACACAGAGGCUUAACCAUGUCAUCGUUCAAGAACUUCAAAAUUGUGCAUUGAAAAUAUUGUCUUUUUAAAACUGAAACCAAAAGUGCUACUUCUCAUUUAGAAUUUUCCUUUAAUUGAUUUGAGUUUUUUUAAACAUAGUAUGAUCAUUGUACAGUAUCAGGAAAAGGACUGCUGGUAAGAUGAGGAGAUUAUGUACAGUAUGGUGUAUUAAACAUUUUUAUUAUCUACUGAUGACAUUAUUAUGUACAAUAUCUCAUAUAUCCUGGAGUUGUCAAACAUAAUAUUAAUGGCAGUGCAGAAAUAAUGUUAAUUAAUAGAAAAUGGUAAUUAGACCCUGUUUUUUUAUUUUGUAUUCACUUAUUUUAUUCUGCUCUGGUAAAGCAAAACAAUUCCUUUUACAUAAACCAGACAGUAAGACUUGUCACUAGGGAAAUAUUGUAUAUUACUUGAUGGAUUGAUGGCCAAGUUAGGUAUAGGGUGAACAAAUAAAAAGAUUGAAAUAUGAACACAAUAGAUUGAUUACAAGAAGUUUUCUUGAAAACUGCAAAACUGGCAGAUAUAUAAUUUAUGAUGUGGCGUUGAUAAUAUUUUUUCAAGUGAUUAAUGAAAAUGUUUUAUGAAUGUUUUAAUAUUAAGCAAAGUUUUAACAUCUUAAAACCUUUUAUUUUAGAAAAUAGCUGUACAGUAUAUAAAAUGUACAUUUCUCCAGUGAAAUGUUCAAUCUACCUAAUUAUCAAUAAGGUCCUGGACUGUUGAGACACUUUAGUGUUGACAUGUACAACUUUUAUGAGAUAAGGUUAUUGUAUAUUGGCAAUAUAUGUACAUAGUGAAGAAUAAAAUAAGUAGAGCA